UCGAGUUAUGAAUGUCUGUCUGUCGCUGGUGUCACGUCGUCCAAAAAACACCCAACAGGACGUGACAGCGGCGACCGAAUUAACCCCCGCGAGUGUCCCGUCCCACCAUCAUCACUCGGCUAGCGUGAACCGCGACCGAACACCUUUGGCCUCUGGGACGUGUUUGUUUGGUCAGAGCUGGCUGUCUGGGUCGGGUCUCGGGCUAAUGCCAUUGAGCCCUGCUGAGGAGGGGCGUCUGUCCCAGGCGGCCCCAACCGUCAGAACCCGGGACCGGUUGGACAGCCCCGCUCACACCGCGGCUCCAGUCAACUCACCUGGGGAUCAGGUGUUGCCUGCGCUGGACGAGGCAUCUCCUUCUUCCACAUCCUCCUUCGAGAUGCUUGACAUGGAGUCAGUCCCGGCUCCGUACCAAGAAGUGCAGCCUCACUGGUUCUUCUGUCUACGAGCUGAUGACAACACUUCCUGGCUUCCUUUCAGCAGAGAAGACUCUGACAAACUAGAGAGGGCCAAUACUGCAGGAGACGAGAAGGAGGAGGUGGUGGUUGCUGUGGAUGGAGAGCGGUAUGAUAUAAAUGUCAAGGAGAGGAAGCGCUAUGCUGUGUACUGGGAGCAAGCUCCCACUGAGGUCCGCCGUUGUACCUGGUUCUACAAAGGAGAUAAAGAUACCACGUUCAAGCCUUACCCCGAGGCCUUCAGCCAAAGUCUGGAGGAGGCUUAUAUGAUAGCAGUGACCUUGGAUGAAUGGAAGAGGAAACUGGAGUUUCCCACUGGAGAGACUGUUAUCUUACACAAUCCCAAAUUGAUAAUGCAUUAUCAGCCAUUUGGAUUGCAAGAUGAGUGGGUGUCCUCCCCUUCGGAGCAGACCCGACCUCGAACUGUCAAGAGGGGAGUAGACAGCAUCUCUGUAGAAAUACCUGAUGGUGAACCAGAAAAGGUAGACCACCUUGUUUUUAUGGUGCAUGGAAUCGGUCCCGCAUGUGACUUGCGCUUCAGAUCCAUCAUACAGUGUGUAAGUGACUUCAGGAGUGCUUCCCUGUCCCUUCUGGCCUCUCAUUAUAAACGGGCUCAGCAGGAUGGCCAAGUGGGCAGGGUUGAGUUCCUCCCAGUCAACUGGCACAACGCGCUACACGGGGAUGCCACUGGUGUGGAUGAAGACAUCCAGAGGAUCACUCUUCCCAGUAUCAGCAGGCUGAGACAUUUCACCAACGACACUCUGCUGGACCUGUUUUUCUAUAACAGCCCCACCUACUGCCAGACCAUAGUGGACACGGUGGCCUCAGAGAUCAACAGACUGCAUGCCCUCUUUAAACAGAGACACCCGGGUUUCAGCGGGGCAGUUUCAGUUGUGGGCCAUAGCCUGGGUUCACUGAUCCUGUUUGACCUGCUAACCAAUCAGAGGACAGGAUCAGAAACAAGAGAGGGGGUGCCUUCUGGUGAACUGCGUCAUCUGAACUGUGACACAUUGGAGCAAACUCUGACCAGACUGGGCCUGCAGCAGUACCUGGAUACGCUGCAGGCAGAAAACCUCGACCUGGAGUCACUGGCUCUUUGCCAUGACAGUGAUCUCAAAGUUUUGGGAAUUCCGCUUGGACCUCGGAAGAAGAUCCUGAACUACGUCAGGAGGAAAUGGCUUCCAGAGGAUUAUAAAAUGGGGACAGUGCAUCUGGCACCAGGGUUGCAAGUUCCACCUCAAGUGACCAGUGAUCAUGAUGGUAGCCAAUCAUCUGGAGCGACACCGCAGUUCCACAGGGAGCAGUCCGUCACCAGUGCCGUAGACUAUGAAUACUUCGAUGUGGGGAUCGGACAGGUAUCUAUUGAAUACCCUCAGUUCGCGUUCCAGCCUCAGACGUUUUUUGCAUUUGGCUCUCCCAUUGGAAUGUUCCUUACAGUUCGUGGGCUCAAACACAUUGAUCCAAACUACACCUUCCCAACCUGCAAGAACUUUUACAACAUCUACCACCCGUAUGACCCUGUGGCCUAUCGGAUAGAGCCCAUGAUUGUUUCAGAGGUGGAUCUUGAACCCAUGCUAAUCCCUCACCAUAAAGGCCGCAAGAGGAUGCACCUAGAACUGAAGGACAGCUUGACCCGUAUGAGCAUGGAUUUGAAGAACAAUGUCUUGGGAUCAUUACGGACGGCAUGGCAGUCUUUUGCCAGACUCCCCGUUGCUGCUCUGCCCCCGGUGGAGGAAGGGGAAACGACAAUAGAGAGACACCUUGAAGAGACACAGGCCUCAGCGGCAGUCACUGCUUCUUCUAAGAGGGAAGAGAAAAGUGCUGAUUUUUGGACUAAAAUACUGGAGUGGCCCAGGGCCCUUCAUGUACAUUACUUCCAAGGAGCGUGUGAUGAGGUAGACUCCUCAGAGUCUGCAGAGCAGAGCGAGCAGCCAGAGAUAAAAGUGGGGAUGUUGAAUGGAGGACGAAGGAUUGACUAUGUACUUCAGGAAAAACCCAUCGAGAGCUUUAACGAAUACCUGUUUGCCAUCCAGUCGCAUCUGUGUUACUGGGAGUCUGAGGAUACAGCUCUCCUGCUGCUGAAGGAGAUCUAUGACAAGCUGGGUGUGACCUUUGAACAGCCUCAACAGUAAUACAAUUUUUCGCAUGUGAACUAACAUGACAGUAACCUGAACUGAACCGACCAAGACAGAGGCUGCAGACACCUCUUCCAGAAUGCCUUACCGUCUUGGUUUUACCUGACUCAUCCAGCAGUGGAGUGUUUGGCUGCACUCAGGUGAUCGUGUUUCAGAGAUGUCAGUCAACCUUCCAUUGAAGUAGUGGUGGCUUCCUACUACAGGACUGGGUUUGGCGUCUGAAAAUCCACACAGACAUCAGUCAUGCUCCUGGUUGCACUUUUCUUUUUUUUUUUACUGAAGUUAUUGUUUAUUUGACCUUACUUUGCACUUUCAUUGCGCAAUAAUUAUUGACAUAUCCUGCUUGCAGCUGCAGCUCAAUAAUAUUGAAAAGAAUUGCUCACGGUAAGCUGAGGACACACAGGACACGUUCAAGUAUGGAACAUCAAGUUGUGUAACAAGUGUUCAUCACGUUGGAUUGCAUGUCUAACUGGAACUUAUUCUCAGCUUGCAUAUAUGUACUGUAUUUCACAAAAUCCCAGAAUAUAAUUUAAAUAGUAAAUUGUAUCUGUACAAUUUGAUAUAUUUCCUAGCCCUUUGUACAACCUCCAUAACUCAGCUCUCCCAUAGCAUAACAUUAGAGCUCCUUUCAUUAAUAACCAUAAAUCACCAGUUUCAUUUGGUCGACCAAAAGAUGUUCAGUUUCUGGUUUGGAAAAGGAGUUUUGUCUGUUAUAAUUUAAAUGGCAGCUCUGUUCUCAUCUCACAGAUGAGGCAAUAUACUGACUGAAUGAAAGUCAUCCUCAGUAGAGUUCAAACCUCCAACCAACAUCCCCCUUGAAUUCUAUCAACCACACCAAAUUGCACACAUUCAUACAUAUAGGUCUCCUAAAUAUGCCUGAUUUUUGUCAUCUAGAUCCCUGCGUUAUUACCUGGGACAUUGAAAAAAAAUGCUCAAUCUGGCAAUGUUCAAGAAAGUAAAUUUUUUUUCAUGGAUGUGCCCAUUUUCCUAGAUCUGCUAUAUAAUUUGAUUGGUUCUUUCCUGGCCCAUGUCCCAUCCUUGCAAUAAGUUUCAUGGAAAUCCGUUUUGUAGUGUCUGUGUAAUCCUGCUCACACAAACAAACAAACAAACAAACAAAGGGAUUGAAGCGGAAACAUAACCUUGGCUGAGGUAAUGAUGUACAGAGAUGCAGGGCCUCUAAAGGACAAGCUUUUCAAUGUGUGCGUGCUGCUCUCUUUCUGCUCUCCUGCAGUUGACUCAAAUGAUAUCUUGCUGUUUAAUCCUAAAACAGGGGUGUAUUGGUAAUUCAGAGACUAGGACCUGACUAACGUUUGCAAAAUCUGAGGGGCAAAUCAUACAUUUUACCCAUUACCUAUUUCUCUGUACUGUCUUGUAUAAGCUUGAAUUCCAUCUGUAUUGCAUGCACUUUGUUCUGUCGGAGCAGAGUUUCUCAACAUUUCCUGGCUCUGACUUAAUUUUAGCUCGCAAUAUUUACAUAAUUCUUAUGGACCCAGCAAUAAGGGAGUAGUCACAUUAAAAACAUCGGAAUUUAUAUUUGAAGAUCAUGAUAAAUAGAUCAUAUAGAAAUGUUGUUCUCCAAAGAUAAUCAUAUUUAUUCUAUAUAGAAAAUAUAUUUUGAAAUAUCAGUGUUAGAAAUAGCUCUGAUCUGCACCUGCUUAUAAAGCAACAUGAGGUCCAGACUACAAGGUUGAGAAACUCUUUCUCUGUUGAAGGGAUUUUACUUUAUUAUUAUGACUUGUAUGUUAUGUACUAUCAGGGCAUCACUGCCCAAACCACCAAAGCUCUGAAAGACCUGUAUUUCAGCCCACAGGGUGUAACAUCCGCACAAUUUAUGAAUUAACCAAAAGAGGUUGUUCGUUUUUCUUCCUUUAGAAAUGCAUUGAACAAUAAAUUACCUUCUUGGAGUGAUUUUCUUUAAUUUUACCAUAAUCUUUGUUCCUGAAAAUCUUAGUAUCUAAUCAGUAAAUCAGGACUUAAUGGUCCAUGGUUCCUCUUCCUUACCAUAACUUCUGCUUUGGUAUUUGAUACUCAAACGUUGAUACACAUAACAAAUGUUCUCCUUUCUGACACUUUAUGUCUUGUUUAUCUGGGAUAGACAGAACAGCUCUAUGAACAUGGUUAAGGUUAUGUGUGCCAUAAUAAAACAUUACAAGUG